AUGAAAUGGGAGAAGUUAAAGCCUCCAGAGCCAGGUGAUCCUAUGUGUUGCUGUGAGUGUGAUAUCGACCAGUACGGAUGUUGCUGUGACUGUGAAGAUCUGGAUGAAGCCUUUAACAGGUGGCUGAAAGACCGACCCUCCAAAGGUGGAUGUCAGUGUCCUGUACGUGGGGCCAUCGUUGACAGACUGGAGAUCUCUAUGAUCCCGGUCCUGCUGCUGCUCCCUCUCCUGCUACGGGUCGCAGCGCUGCACUACCUGCUGGGUAUCAUCAUCCUGACCGCUCUGCCCGGCCUGGUGCUGUGGUACUACUACGCCACGCACAGAAAGAAGAGACGCACCCUCUUCUUCCUCACCCUGGCUCUCUACUCCCUGUUCUACAUGUAUUACCUCUUCAUCACAGAGAUUUUACCCCGUGGAGAUGUCAGCCAGCUGCAGCUGUGUACUGUGACCACUGGGAUGAUUCUCACCGUGGUCUGUCUAAUACACACCAAGAGAGGCCCGGGAUUGGUGACCGCUUCCCUAAAUGGAGCACACAGUCAUUGUCAGGAGGCUAACAACAACUCCACACAACAUAAUGGAUCUAUUCAAUCUGCAGCAGAGGUGCAGACAGCAAAAGAGGCCCUGACAGCAAAAUGGAGCACCUGUCCUGUGUGCAAAAUAAUGCGACCCCCACGGGCCGGACACUGCCGAACCUGUGGGUCAUGUGUCCAGCGUCUGGACCACCACUGUAUCUGGAUAAACAGCUGUGUUGGACAGGCAAACCAUCGCAGUUUCGUGCUGACCCUGUCUGUGUUCCUGUUGACCUCUCUAUAUGGCAUCAGCGUGGUGCUCUGCAGCCUCUGUCCUCGGCAGUAUCUCAUGACGUCUCUCCUCUACUGCCCCGGCGUCUACAGUCAGUCCAGCAUGGCCCUUUGCUUCACCUGUGCUUGGUACAGCAGCAUUGUCACCUGUGGACUUCUUUACCUGUUGGUGGUUCAAGUUCUGAACAUCAGCUUCAAUGUGACGGAGCGCGAGGCCCAGCUGGCUCUGAGGAACAAAACGGGACGGCGCCGCCUGUGGGGACUCGUCGUCGACACAGGAGAGUAUUCACGUGGCUUCUAUCAAAACUGGGUUGAGUUCCUCACCAUGGCAGACGCCUCAGUGUCUCCUCGCUUCAGCCUCACCGACUUGGUCUAG